AUGAGCGACCAGGAGCACGCGGCGGUUCAGGCUGGCGACGAUGAGCCGAGGGAGCAGGAGGGCGGCGCGGGCAGCCCGGAGGCGGGCGCGGCUGCAGGGCAGCAAGGUGCCGGGGCGGAGCAUGCGGGCGCCAAGGGCGCGGGAGGGGACCUGGACGGGGCGGGUGCAUCGCAGGCCGUGCUGUCGUACAAGGCGAAGUACGCGAACACGAGUCCGAAGAUGCGGAGGCAGAGAGGAAGCCCUAUGACGGAGAAAUACAAGGCCAAGGUGUCUGCGUUGUUCGAGGACCGCGCGGACGACCAGGGCUGCGUCCCGCUCACCGCCGUGCCCGAGAUGCUGUCCCAGCUCGAGGUGGACGCGGGGGACGAGAGCGAGUGGAAGGACCUGGCGAGCUCCGUCGCGAGCAACGGCGAGACGAUCUCCGAGGCGGAGUUCCUCGCGCUGAUCGGGUACCUCGGGCCCGGCGCGCAGACGCAGCGCAGCGCGGCGGCGCGACGCAGCUACCUGGAGACGGGCGUGCUGACCGCGGACCCGGCGGUGCUGCAGUUCAUGCGCACGCUCCGCGAGCACCAGUCGCGGUGCGAGGACGAGGGCAAGUACGCCGAGGCGAAGGCGGCGCGCGCGCGCCUGCUGCAGCUGCGGCAGCAGGAGGUGGAGCGGCUGACGGCGGAGAUGGCCAAGCGGCACGAGGACGAGCAGCGGGAGGCGGAGGAGGCGUUCCGGGAGGAGAAGAAGGCGCUCGACGAGGCGUGGGCGGUGCGCGUGGAGUCGUGCGCGGCGAACGUCGCCGCGACGCUGCAGCAGCUGCAGCAGCGCCAGCAGGCCGAGCUCGAGGCGGUGCGCGCGGAGGGCGCGUCGGCGCGGACGUUCCGCGCGUCCAAGCAGCUGCUCAACCAGCGCGUGAUCGAGCGGAACCUCGCGCGCGCCGGGAAGCACGACGAGGCCAUGGCCAUGAAGGCCAUCGCCGACCGCAUGGAGGAGCUCGAGGUGGGGACGCACGCGGCGUCGCAGGAGGGCAACCUCGGGAUCCGGGAGGCGAAGCUCGCGGAGAAGCACCAGCUGGAGCGCGAGGCGCUGCAGCAGCGCGGGCAGCGCGUGCGGGCGGAGCUGGAGCUGCGGCGGCGGCGGGAGAUGGAGCGCCGGGAGCGGCGCGUGAAGAACGUGCGGCAGGAGCUGGCGAGCCUGCAGAAGCUGGAGCGCGUGCAGCUGGAGGCGUUCCUCGAGCAGCAGGUGAUCGCGGGGAAGCGGGCGGCGCCGCCGCCGCGCCCGCCGCCGCUGGGCGAGUCGCAGUCGACGAUGAGCGUGCGGAACGCCGGGCUGAUCGGGGCGCACCGCGGGAGGCCCGACGCGACGCAGACCGCAGCAGACGUGUACGGGAUCGGCGGCAAGCUGAAGGCUGAGCGCAGCGCGGGUGGCAUCGCAAGUCUGUCGACGCAGUGGACGUGA